CAAUCAGAUUUGGAGAGGGAGGAGCUUAAUUCUUCCUCAUCAGUGUAGCUUUGACGAAGAAUAUUCAUUUUUCAGUGGCGUUAGUCGGAGUGAAGACAACCGGUGAACAUGUCAAACAAGGCAGAAAGCGCAAGUGGAGGAAGUGUUGCUAAAUGCAACACAACAGCAACUGACAGUGCGGCAUGCACGGACAACCUAACAGAGACUGAUGCUUUCAUCCGAAGCUCUUUGGCUCUGGAUCCUGCAGAGGAAUACAAGAUGUACAACAAAAAACGAGGCCUUGCCCUAAUCUUUAACCAGGAGCGCUUCUACUGGCACCUGGCGUUACCUGAAAGGCAUGGAACCAACGCUGACCGCUACAACCUGGAGAGAAGACUGAAUGAUCUGAACUUUGAAGUGAGGGCUUAUGAUAACUACAAACAAGUGGAUGUCUACGAUAAAAUCAGUGAAGCCGCUGGGGAGAACCAUUCAGAUGCAGACUGCUUUUUGCUAGUGUUCCUGAGCCAUGGUGAAAAUGAUCACGUUUACACCUACGACGGAAAGAUCAGCAUUCAGAAAAUCACCGCCAUGUUCAAAGGAGACAAGUGCAAGAGCCUCGUAGGAAAGCCAAAGAUUUUUGUACUUCAGGCAUGCCGUGGAGACAAGCACGAUGAGCCAGUGACUGCCUGUGACGCGGUAGAUAGCGAGCUGAAGACCAACGAGGUGGUGGUGGAUGCCAGCGCUAUACACACCCUCCCUGCCGGGGCAGAUUUCAUCAUGUGCUACUCUGUGGCUGAAGGAUACUAUUCCCACCGGGAGACCGUUAAUGGCUCCUGGUACAUCCAGGAUCUGUGUGAGCUGCUUCAGAAGUAUGGGAACACCCUGGAGUUCACAGAGUUACUCACGCUGGUCAACAGGAAAGUGUCCAUGAGGAGCGUUGGCAAUUCUAACGACCGGAAUGCCAUCGGGAAGAAGCAAGUACCCUGCUUUGCUUCAAUGCUCACCAAGAAACUCUACUUCCGAUCAAAACAGUAACAGUGUCAGAUCUCAGUCUCACAAUUAGCUGAUUUUUUACCUGGAAAAGUUCUGGGAGAUUUUAAACAAUUGUUCUGUUUUCUGUAAUCCUCCACUGUGCUUUGCUUAUGAACACUCUAAUCACACAUGCAUUAAACAAUCAGAUGAUUGGCAGCGUUAGGAUUCAUAGUGAAAUUAGUUAAAAUAACAGGAACACCUUUAAUAAGAUACACUCUCAAACAACAUGACAUGUUUGUUUUCUUAUUGGGAAACCAGCUUUAUCACAAGGACAUGUUUUCAGUGGGGAAGAAAUCAUGUUACAGUAUCUGGUGUACUGGUUUAUCUGGUCCCAGCUGAAUCUUAUUCCUCUAACUAAUCAGGUUUCCUUGUUAAAUGUAAACACAGUUGACAUAAUAAUGCUUAGAGUUUAUAUUACCCAGUACUAUUAUUAUCAUUAUCGUCACUGUUAUUGAGUAGGUCAUAAAAAAUGCUAUAUCAUUACGGUAAUCUGCAAAAUAGUGAAUAUCAAUUAUGUCUAGUAUGUAUUUGCCAGAACUGAGUGAAGUUAGAGAGUCUGCAAAUCACUUCAACCUAUAGGAAAUAUAGCAGAGCCACAUUUUUAACAGCAAAUAUCAUAUAUUGAACAAGUGUGUAUUUUUAAGGCUAUAGUUGACUUACUUAUGUAUCAUGAGAUGAGAUGCAUCAUAAUCUAAGUGGCUAGGGAAGACCGUCAUUCAUAUUUAAAUAUCUACCAAAUAUUUGAUGGCCACUUUGGCCCCAGGAGUCCAGCAUGAAGUUUCGAUUUCAAUCACAACUGAUGAUACCAUAACAUGAUUUGUUAGAUAGACACUUUAGCCCAUGAUGCAUUGUCUUGUUGUCUAGGAUUGCGUUAUGUUUUUAAGGUGUUCCUGUUUUCUCUUCCAGCCGCCGUAGAUCCGUACACAUUUUGCACUCUCAAGAUUUUGCUUUUCAACUGCCAGAUCAUUAUGGACUACCUUUUCUGUUAGCUACCUUUCUUACACUUCACAUUUUUGCUUUGUUGUUUAAACUACUGUGGUACUACACAAAUGUUGCUUUAUCCUGCAGCUGACUUUCAUUUACUCAAAGGGGACAUAUCCUGAAAAGCCCAGUAUUUCAGUGCUUGUGUAAAUACAUGGUGUCUGGACACAAGACAACCCGGUCACAUGUUUAUGGGCUGCGUAGAUCACAAAUCAUGGGAUUCAACAAGCCAUUCCGAUUUUGUUCCCUUUUCUAUGUCCACAAACAGCUGGAGAACUACCAUUGUAGUGACCACAUUUUUCCUGAAAGCCAAUUAGGGGAGGCAUUUUCAGGAGGGGCUUUAACAUCAGACUACAGGUACAUUUAGAGAGAGUAUGAGAACAUAUAACUUCCCUGAUGUCUACAAACCAGAAAGAUACUGUACUUUCCAACUUACUGUACCUUGCGAGGCCGGUGACACAACAGCGUGACCAGCAGGUCACUAAUGAUGUUGUUCACGUCAGGGUUUACCACUCCAUUACCUCUCUGUAACCACCAGUUACCACGUGAUGUCUCUCAUAUCCAGCCGCCACAUAAACAUGGUGUUUGUCUUUUGAGCUCGCUCCAUCAAAAAGGGAAUUCAUGUAUGUGCUGUUCUUUUGUGUUGUCGCAGUUUACAGUACGACAUUUAAAUAAUGCGUAUUUGCACCCAACAUGGCAACAAACACCUGUGUGGAAAGUACCUCAGGGAAGUGUGCUAUGGACCUGAAACACUUCCAGAUGUGUCACACUAUCUAUGACUCAGGAAAAACCAAGACACCAGCAUACUGUGAUCUGUAUCUUUUGUGGUCUUACUGUUGUGACUUUGUUUAAUAAAAUCUGUGUGACAAUCCA